UUUUUAAAUGGACCGCCCUUGCCCGGAAAUUCAUCCCGUGAUGAUUGUGUUUUCAGCAUGUUUUUUUCCUGCUGCUCUUCCGUCUGUGUGUUUUGCUCCACAGACUCUGGGUCAGUUGUAUCUGUCUUAACCUGCCGUUUUCUUUGUCUCUAAUUCAAAGACACUGGAUCAGUCAGAGCAGCAGGGGGAUGGGAUCUCCCUCUCCCUGGAGGAGCAUCUCAAUGCCAUGUGCCUCUCCUCCGAUCCCUCGGGCCCGACCCCAAAGCAACUGUGUACUCAACUGGAGCAGAUUCUCCUCCGAUCUUUUCCAGGACACCCACGAGAGCACCAAUGUGAUGUCAACCGCCCUCUACACCCAGUCUGUCAUGGAAAGAGCAGCUAUGGCUCUGUUUGACAACUGUUUUGUGGUUUUGGAGCUGAAGAAUUUGCCUUAUAAGGAGAAGAAGAGGCUGAAGCUGGCAAUAACAGAGAAUGGGGGCAGCAUUUCCUAUGUGAUCAAUAAGCAGUGUACUCUCGUAGUGACGAGCAGUAUGUCCAGUCUGAGCUCCAGUAGGGUGCGGAGCAUGAAGAAGCAUCAGACUCCAGUAGUAGGGGUGGAGUAUGUGUCACGCUGCCUGGAGAAGGAAGUCCUGCUGCCUGUAGAGGACUACUGCCUGCCCCCCCCUCCCUCUACCUCUCUCAUCCCACCCAGGCCUGCCUCUCCCUUGCCAUCGCAGUCAGUGUUGAAGGGGGCGAGCCAGCCGGCUGAAGUUCAGACCCAGACAGUGAAUGCUGUAAAUCAAGCCGAGAGGGCGGGGAAUCAGGAGAGUACUUACCUGGGCAAAUUCAGAGUGUAUACUGAAAGUGACAAUGAUCUUCCAACAUAUCCAACAAAUUUCCAAGUGGCCAAAUACUCAAUUUUUGGAAAGGCUAACAGCAGCACAUGGUCGGUGUUGGAGCUGCAGAGUGGCAGCACAGAGGGGGGACAGCAGCAGUUCCGUGUGGUGAGGUACUGGAGAGAGGACCAUGGUGCUAAGUCAGCAGCUGUGCAGGACAAGCAGGUGUUCCUCUCCAUGUCAGAGGAGGCUGUGGAGGUCUACCAGACUCUCAGGAAGGAGCUGCAGGUCAGAGGACUCACACUGAGGACCACCCUCCCUCCAGAGGCUCCGGAUCUGGGCUCUGCCAUCCUGCAUCAGCUGCUGCUGGAGGAGAAGCUGAGUUGCAUCAGCCUAUCACAGGAAGUGGGUGUGUUCGUGGAGCUGCUCUGGGCAGAGGCCCUUGGUUGUCUGGACAAUGUCCUCAAGGUUCCAAUCACCAGCCUCAGUCUCAACGAUGUGAGCAGGGCUGAGGGGCUGCUGCUACAGGUCCAGAGGAAGCUGAGGGCGAGACAGGGGGAGGGGCCAGACACUGAGGUGGCUUCUCUGAUGGAGGAGGUCUACACCCUCCUGCCACACAAAACUGAUCUGUCCCAUCUCCCUCUCCACACUAAACUCAUCUCAUCGCAACUGGACCUCUGCCAGUUGAUCAGAGACGUGCUGAAUGUGAGCGAGGCAACACUGAGAAGCCCCAUCCCUUCCUGUCUGGGGAAGUACCGCGCCCUGAGGUGCAGCAUUGAAAGAGUUUCCCCUGGUCCUGAAUUUCUGUAUGUCACUGAACUUCUACACGACAGACAGGUGCAGAUCUUGCAGGUGCUGAGAGUAAACAGAGGGGUAGAGCUACAGAUGUUUAGGGAGGAGCUGGGGAACGUUAAGCCCCUCCUCCACUCCUCCAGCCCCAGCAGCUUUGUGGGGAUCCUGUCUCGGGGUCUGUUGCUGCCCAGAGUUGGAGUGGAGCACCAUGGGAUUGAGAGAACAGACAUUGGGAACUUGGGCGGUGGCAUCUACUUCAGUGAUGCAAUGAGUACCAGUUUGAAGUACUCUAAGCCCAGUGUGACGGACGGCAGUCGGUUGCUGCUGGUGUGUGACGUGGCGUUGGGGCGCUGUACUGACCUCCAAAAGAGGGACAGCAGCCUGACUCACUCCCCUGAAGGAUACCACAGUGUACACGGGGUUCGCCACACCCCCAAGAAACCCUCAGAGUUUGACGAUGAUGAGUAUGUGGUGUACAGCCCGGAGCAGGUGAGGCUGCAAUAUGUGGUACAGUUCAGACUGGAGGAGGACCAGCUGAAGGACUUCCAGCCCACCAUAGAUACUUCUUCUACCGAGCUUCCGCUUCCUGUCUCUCCGUCUGACCUCCUGUCCUGUGGUGAGGAUGUUGGGAGUUGUAAGAACCCUCUAGAGGAGGUGACUGCAGGCCUGUUGGACUGCUCUGGACAACCUCUCCCCCUACAGGCCGUUCAUGUCAGGGCCAGGCUGAUGGAUCUGCUCUCCCAGGUCAUCAUCUUCCAGACAUACACCAAUCAGAGCACCGCCCCCAUUGAAGCCAAGUACGUCUUCCCAUUGGAUGAUUCUGCUGCUGUGUGUGGCUUUGAGGCCUUCAUCAAUGGGAAACAUGUAAUGGGACAGGUGAAGGAGAAGCAGCAGGCGCGUAAAGAGUAUAAACAGGCCAUAGAGAGAGGCCAUGGAGCUUACCUAAUGGACCAGGAUGCACCUGAUGUUUUCACCAUCAGCGUUGGGAACCUGCCGGCCGGUGCCACCGUCCUUAUCAAAGUUACCUUCGUCACCGAGCUGGUCAUUAUGGAGGGCUUGAUCAACUUUUCGUUGCCCGGUAGUGUGGCACCAUGGCAACAGAGCUCAGCGCUCAACCAGAGGACUCAGGUGACUUUGGAAAAGGUGUGUGUGACCAACCUGGAUUCCCAAGGGGAGUUCAGUCUGGACAUGUCCAUUGAGAUGCCCAAUGAGAUCAUCAACCUGCACUGUCUCACACACAAAGUCAAGAUCAAGAGGACCGACUGUAAGGCGGUGGUGAGGACAUGUCCAGGUGAGACUCUGGGUCCAGAUGGGUUCCUGGUCUGCUUCAGUCUGGCUCAGAUCCACCUACCCAGGAUGUGGGUGGAGAAACACCCAGAUAAAGACAGCCAGGCCUGUAUGUUGGUAUUUUACCCAGACUUUGAGCCCUGCCCCACCUCCAGCCCCAUGUCCGGCUCCAAUGAGGUGAUCCUGCUGUUGGACUCAUCUGAGUCCAUGAGAGGAGAAGCUCUCCAGAACGCCAGGAGAAUCGCCCUGCAGCUUCUUAAUACCCUGGACCACCACAGCAUUCGAGUCAACGUCAUCUCCUUUGGCUCAGACCAGAAGGAUGCUUUUCUCUCUGCCAACCCUCUAGUCGAGGCCCUCCAACCAGCCAAGAAGUUCAUCAUGUCCUCCCCACCUGUUGGGGGCAGCACUGAGCUGUGGAGGCCCCUGCGCAGCCUGAGUCUGUUGCCUCCGUCGCAGGGCGUGAGGAACCUGCUGCUGCUAUCAGACGGUCACGUCCAGAACCAAGCCCUAACCCUGCAGCUGGUCAGACAGCAUGCCCAGCACAGCCGCCUCUUCACCUGCGGCCUCAGCCCAACAGCUAAUCGGCACAUGUUGCGGGCCCUGGCCCAGGCAGGGGGGGGGGCCUAUGAGUUCUUUGACACAAAGACAAAGCACACCUGGCGAGAGAAGGUGGCGUGCCAGGUGAAGCGCAUCGUGUCUCCAGGCUGCAGCUCUGUGUCUGUGAAGUGGCAGCAGUUUAACCCCUCAGCUCCCCCUCCUGUCCAGGCCCCCUCUCAGCUCCACGCACUCUUCACUGACUGCCACACCCUGGUCUACGGCUUCGUGCCACACUGUACACAGGCCACUCUUCUUGGAGACCUGAGUGGUCAGAACAUUGAGACAAUGGUGUCCACCACUGAGCUACAGAAAACCAGGGGCACGUUCCUUCAUAAGCUCACAGCGAGGGCCGUUAUCAGAGACUAUGAGGAUGGCAGUCUUCACACCAACGAGGCUGAACACGAGGGGAAGAAAUCCGUAAUGAAGUCCUUCAUCAUUGAGCUGAGCAAAGAGUUCUCCAUCCUGUCUCAGUUCACCAGCUUUGUUGCCAUCGAGGAGAGGGACUCAGAGCAGCCUGACGUGGGCUUCACAGACGUUCCCAAACUGAUCUCAGACGAGGACGUCGACUUCUUACCUUACCUUAGCUGGCAGGAGGAGGAAUAUGAGAGAGAUGGGAUGGACUCGGGAUCAGACUCAAUGUCAAACUUGCUGGAUGGUGGGCCAGGGCAUGUUUUAUGCAGAAAUAUCUGUCUAGGGGGGAUGGGGGAGGAGCAUGAAUCGAUGGUUCAACACCAGGUGGAUGACAAAUCAUGGGAAGGAUCUGUGAAUUGGAACUUACGUUCCAAAUCUCUAAAUCAGAGUGCUACGGUUAAGGUGCCUCUUGGUAGUUCCUCUGACUUAAUGGACUCUAUGGUCUUUGCCAGCCCAGUGACCGUGUCCAAACCUCUAGAUAUGACUUUGAAGAGUGAAGGAGCUGUGACGGAUGAAGAGAUGGAGUGCUUUGAUGACAUGGACUUUUGUUUUCAGGAAUCUGAACACCCCCUUCUUGGCUCAGUAAUCAUGCAUAGUGAGGCUCUGUCCUCUUCUUACUCUCCAACUCGCCACACGAUUGCAGGUAGCCAAUGCAUACCAGUCACCCCAUACCUUGCUACCAAAAUGCUGGCUAUAACUGUGGAGACGGAUUUCAUCCCUGAGCUGUCUGAGACCUUCCAGUCUCUCCCAAAGAUAGUGAGGCAUGGGAAGAGUAGACAGGUAGACUUUAGACGGGCGGAAAGACACAGGAAGGUUUGUGCCGGUCCGGCAUUUGACCCUGUAGAGACACAGAAGAAGUCUCUCUCUGUUGCUGAUGUGCCUCGUCCUCCUCCCUCUGUUCUUCAGUUCAAGUCUCACGUUUUUGCUUAUGGUCUUUCUCCUCCACCCCGUGCUUCUGUCCUCAGUUCUCCUGGUCCUCCUCCAUCUCGACUGCAGUCUUUCUCUGUCGCAGUUUCAGAUGCUCUUCCUCCUCCACCCCCUGCCUUCUGUCUCAGUUCUCCUGGUCCUCCUCCAUCUCGACCGCAGUCUUUCUCGUCGCAGUUUCAGAUGCUCUUCCUCCUCCACCCCCUGCUUCUGUCCUCAGUUUCUCCUGGUCCUCCUCCACUUCGACUGCCAUCUUUCUCUGACGCAGUUUCAGAUGCUCUUCCUCCUCCACCCCCUGCUUCUGUCCUCAGUUCUCCUGGUCCUCCUCCAUUUCGACUGCAGUCUUUCUCUGCCGCAGUUUCAGAUGCUCUUCCUCCUCCCUCUGGUCUUGUCUCCAAUGAGUUUCGAGCGAUUAGAUACGAGAUGGGAGUUCAUCCCAGACCUGGAGUUGGGGCUAUCUCCCAUACUGCUACCUUCCCGAAACUGCGAGCCGGUGGGGACCUGCUACUUUCCAAACCCCGAGAGCCCUAUCCUGUGGAACUGCCAAUGUGUGAGUCUAGCAAAAUGUGGACCGUGGAUAAUAGCUUAUCUGAGGAUAAGGAUUGUGGACUAGUGGAGAUGGACCACUGGCAACCUUCUGUUGUCCCUGCCUCUGUGCCCCCAUCAGGGUUUGGUUUCGGGGGCGGAAGGGCAGGGUCUCAAAGCAGCCAACCUCACGGCUCUUUGUUUGGGGCCACAGCCAGUGCAUGUUACAUUCCAGGUUUAUAUGAGGCUUCUUCAGCAGGCGGACCACCUCUGUGCUCGCUGUUUGGCAACACACCCACUCUUCCUGGAGGCUCAGCCAGAUCAAUGGGGUUAAGUUUUGAGGCACCACUUACUGGCGGACACCUCAACUCCCUUUUACCCACCACUCAUGGCGCCUAUCUGACCCAAUCUUUAUGGCCCUUAGUUGGAUCCUCUCAGUUUGGUAGCUCUCUUAGGACACUACACCAACAUCAUGUACUACCACAAGCACAGAAACCUCUGGAUAUAAAAGAAAACGUACAAAAACUUGUCGGAGACAGUGAAAGGAGGGGAGGUCUUGAAUUCAGGAAGAAUACUCUUGAUGUAGUAAAAUGGACAGAGAUUUUUGCCCUCCAGCACUCGGAAGGUUACUGGGAGUGCUCUGCCAGCCUGGGUUCCCUCCUAGGUGUGGAUGUGGACUACUUUGCAAACGUCUUCCUGAAGAAUAGAGGCAUCAGCUCUCUAGGUGUGAGGGCACAUGCUGACAUCCUGAGGCUGGUGGCCAGUCUGCUGGUGCUGCAGCUGAUGAGGGUGAGGAGGCUAGAGGAGGGGAAGCUGCUGCUCAGCCUGUUCCGUCUGGACCUGGACCACUCUCCUCCUCAGCCCAGGUGUGAGCGCUGGGAGGCGGUGAGGAGGGCGGUGGACUGGGUGUGUUGGGCAGACAGGGAGUACCCGUGUGUGUGCAGCAGGCUGGAGUUUGGCUGGGACUGGGAGUCGUCCACACGGCGGCUCCUGGGCAUCGACCCCCCACACCCCCUCUCUCCCCUCAUCAUCCUCGGGUCCACAGGGGGAGUGAGGGCCCAAUGACUUCCAGAAGGAGAAAGGUGUAUGACCAGUAUAUACAUCUGCAGCUUUUGCUUUUACUAUUUCACUUAUUACGAGGUUAAGGUACUAUUCUAUACUGAUAACCUUUUCACUGAUCAAAUCAGUUUUGUAAUUCCAAAUCUUUGCAUUUAAAGGUGUGAUAUUAUGUUUUCUCAAAAUACAAGAGCAAUCUAAAAUGUAUUGAUACUCCUCAAUCUAUGGCCAUGUUCUAUAUCCAUACAGCUGUCAGUGUGUGAUUUCAGUCAUACUGAUAAGACCUUGCUCCAAUUUUCUUUGUUUUCUUUGUCUGACUGAAAUAAUCCUCUGAUGGAUAAGCAGAACAGCAGGUUAAUGUGGUCAUGCUAUUGGUCACUCGGGUUCCAAUUCGAUCCUUUACACACACACCUUAAAGCCUUUCUAAAAGAAUGGAUUGAUUUUAAGUGUCUGUUUCACAAUAUAUAAACAUAGUCAGCUUGAAUCGGUGUGUGUUACAGCACGAAAGUCAAAUCCAAAAGAACCCGACUCGCUACUGUUGUGUUCACUUACCAGGUUCACCACAAGGUGUCGCUAUAAGAAAGGUUAAUGACUAUUAAUAAAGAUGUAAAUGAAUGCAUACUGGGAGAAGAAUAAGAUGGAUGCCUACACCAUACAGUAAAGUCACGUUCAUCUUA